GCUGCAGAUCGCCGCGGAUCUUCAGUCCGCCUCCUCUCUCUUCAACACCGGGCAGCCGGGCACCGACCAGCCGGUCCGCAGGGCGACAUACCCGGCGGGGAAACGUGAAUCAUGCCCGCUGAGCAGCUCCAGCCGGGCCCGGUGUCGGUUUUUCCACUUCUGGUGGGAUUUACGUGGUCCAGCGGACCGAGACUCCCCAUGGAUCCGCAGCGCAGAGAGCUGUAAGUUGGAGGCUGGAAACUGUAAAACUUCUUCUCCGGAGCAGAUAUUUGCCUUUUGAUGAACAUGCUGUGGCGGAGGGACUCAGCCCGGGCAUCUGCUGCCGCUGCCGGCCGCAGCCGCGCACCGUGACCCGCAGGGGAGCGCGGCGAGGACCCCGGCAGCUUCACCCGGAGAGUCCCGGGAGGGAAAACUGAAACAUCUUGGCUGCUGCUUCUAAAAUCUUCUCCACUGUGGAUUGGUCACUUCAGGCUCGUGCGUGAUUUCCUUCUCCCGGAGAUGCCAGCCGUCUCUGGUCCCCGUCCUCCCGUGGAUCGGAUCGGGAUGGACGUGGCGCAGUGAGGAGGCACCAGCCUGCGGAUAAUCACAGUUUGGACUUUUUUGGUUCCCCGCGUGCGGCUCGCGGCUCUCCCUCAUGCAGCUCCUCCGGCUGGCCUGGGCUCUGACUGCCGCUGCGGUCUGCCUCCUGCUCCUCAUGAUCCUCCACAACCACAUCCUGAGAGAAGGUCAGCUGGCGGCGGGGACCUGUGAGGUCGUCACUCUGGACCGGGACAGCAGCCAGCCGAGGAGGACCAUCGCCCGCCAGACGGCCCGCUGCGCCUGCAGGAAGGGACAGAUCGCCGGGACGACCCGAGCCAGACCGGCCUGCGUGGACGUUGGUAUCGUGUGGACUCGACAGUGGUGCGAGAUGUCUCCGUGUUUGGACGACGAAGGCUGCGGUCUUCUGGUCAAUCAGUCGGGCUGGACCUGCACGCAACCAGGAGGCCGAGUCAAGACCACCACGGUCUCCUGACAGCGGCGGUGAGGACACUCGUUCUGCAGAGAGAGAGAGAGAGAGAGACAGAGAGAGAGACUGGUUCCCAUCGUCCAACGCCCCCCUAUCAUCACCAAGCGCUCCAAUCAUCAGCCGCUAACAGAGCCGAGGGCCGGGGCGUGGUCACCUCCUGCCUCAUGCUUGGGCGAACUGUGCAAUCUGCAGCCUGACGUUCUUCUUCUAUCUGGAGGGGGGAACUGUGUCUAUUUUCCAGGAGAUUUAAAAAAAAUAAAAAAAAAUAAAAGAGGAAUAUUAUGAUGAGCUGCUGGAUGGAUUUGUAUUGUCGUUUGGCAACAAAACUCUGUUUCUUUCUACAGACCAAAGAUGAACAGAGCCGACAAAGAGACGUUUUAAAGGCACACCACCGCAUCUCUGUAAAGACACAAACACGUUGGGAUAUUACACCGCGAGCUAAAGUAAAAUUGUGCGCUGAGUUAAUGAUGUUUCUGUCAGGACAGAUGUUCACGUGCCAAACAUCAGUUGUUGGGAGAAGGUGAAAAAAAACCAAUUUAGGGGUUUUUCUGAUGAGAACGUAAAACAUUUUUAUCAGAAAGUGAAGAUACAUUUUCCAGAGUAGAGUCAAAAAUAUAGUCGAUACAGCUCCACAUCUCAGACUGUGUUUCAGGUGCACAUCAGAAAAGCCAUGGCACUCACAGGACUGUUCUUAUUUAAUGUGGACAGAAUCUCUCAAAAAUAACCCCACAUUGAAUAAGAUUACUCAUCUGUGAGAGCCAGAGUUUUUGUUUUCUUUGACACGUCCAAAACAAAUGUAAUCCUGGACAAGAUACGUUUCCCUGGAAACCCAAUCGACAGCGAGACAGGGCUGACUCUAAUAUAAUUUCCAAGAUUGUAACUAGUUUUUUGUGAAAAUAAGACGUUGUUCUUUGGUAGGAGGACGUGAAUAAAUCCAGUGAGCAACAAGAAAAAAUCCAAAGCACUCAUCUAAAAAAAAAAAAAAAAAAA